AUGUAUGGACAACAUGAGAUUAACUUCGUGGAAGAAGAUGCAUAUUGGACAAGCUACGGUUUGAUCGGGCGCAUAGUUAACGGCUCGAAAGCAGAAUUAAAACAGUUCCCUUAUCAAAUAUCUCUGAGGAGGAGCUAUAGCAAUCAGCACUUCUGCGGAGGGUCCCUAAUAGAUAAAAAAUUUGUACUCACUGCAGCCCAUUGUCUUGUACAAGAUGAUAUAACCCUUCAACCUUGGACGAUUCUGCUGGUCGGUGGACAGAUCAAUCUCAACGAUGAGAAUGGCCAGAUCAGAGGUGUGGACAAGGUUUACGUUCAUCCUCGUUUCGUCGAGGCGACUCUCCAGAACGACAUCGCCCUCCUUCGUGUCAAAGUGGCAUUUGAAACAGGACCGUACCUGAACGUGAUUCCAAUGGCAGCUCAGACACCAACGCCGGGCACGAUCUGCCAGGUGGCUGGCUGGGGUUACCCCUCUGAGGAUAAUAAAGAAACGAGCAAUAGUCUAAUGUACAUAGACCUGCCGUUGAUAAGCAGGGAGAGAUGUAAGAAGCUUUGGGAGGGGCAAACGGAUUUCCCAAUGGGGAUGAUGUGUGCCGGAUACGAGGAUGGCCAUAAAGACGCUUGCCAAGGUGACUCGGGAGGCGGUAUGAUCUGCAACGGUGUGUUGGCUGGCGUAGUUUCCGGUGGCUAUGGCUGUGCUCGACCGGGUUAUCCUGGCAUUUACUCGGACGUUUACUACUAUAGAGAUUGGAUUUCAGAGAACACGGGAUCUUAUAUUAGAGUCUCAUCGAGACUGGCAAAAUCGAAAUUGUUCAACUUCUUCUUUUCUGUAUUGAACGCUUAA